UGAAACCGGAGUUUGGAAGCCGAAGAGAUCCUUCAAAACAGAAACCGGCAAACAUGCAUCUUUCAGCGACCCGCUUCAGCAACUGAGAGGUUUUCCAGCGGGGGGGUUUGGGGGCUCGGGUCGCCAUGGGAACCGCGUUCGCCAUUGCCCUGGUUUUCCUGGGAUGUUGUAGUAAUGUGGUGUCUCUGGAGCUGCUGGUCAGAGAUUUUCCAGGAUGCGGCAACAUCGUGACCUUCGCACAGUUUUUAUUCAUCGCGUUGGAAGGUUUCGUCUUCGAAAGCAACUUUGGCCGGAAGAAGCCAGCGAUCCCGAUUGGUAACUAUGUUAUCAUGGUGACCAUGUUCUUCACCGUCAGUGUGAUCAACAACUACGCUCUCAACUUCAACAUCGCCAUGCCGCUGCAUAUGAUCUUCAGAUCGGUGAGUGUUCCUCUCGUCACUGUUUCUCUGUCUCGUGCUCGCCUCCGUUUGACUCGCCGUGUUGUUUCUCUGAAGGGAUCGCUCAUCGCCAACAUGAUCCUUGGAAUAAUCAUCCUGAAGAAACGGUACUCAGCCAGCAAAUAUCUGUCUAUAGCUUUAGUUUCAGCCGGUAUCUUCAUCUGCACCAUCAUGUCUGCCAAACAAGUGAAUGUGGACAAUAAAGGAUCAGAGGAUCAAGGCUUUUAUGUCUUUUUGCACUGGCUUAUAGGCAUCGCCAUGUUGACGUUUGCCCUGCUGAUGUCUGCCAGGAUGGGCAUUUUCCAGGAGAUGCUCUACAAGCAGUACGGGAAACACCCCAAAGAGGCUCUUUUUUAUAACCACUGUUUGCCUCUGCCAGGCUUCCUGCUCCUUUGCACGGACAUCUACAACCACAGUGUCCUCUUCAGUCAGAGCACUCCGGUCAAGGUUCCUGUGGUUGACGUGAUGGUGCCAAUCAUGUGGAUCUACCUGCUGAUCAACGUCGUCACACAGUAUGUUUGCAUCCGCGGCGUCUUCAUCCUGACGACGGAGUGCACCUCGCUGACCGUCACGCUGGUGGUGACGCUCAGGAAGUUCCUCAGCCUCAUCUUCUCCAUCAUUUACUUCCAAAACCCUUUCACCGCCUGGCACUGGGUGGGCACGGCCGUGGUGUUUGUGGGCACCCUGCUUUACACGGAGGUGUGGAGCAGCGUGCGGGCGGCGCUGAGGCAACCCGACGCCAAAGAGAAGAAGGGAGAGUGAGGAAGCAAAAGAUCGGCCACUGUGUCGGUUGACUGUACCGCAGCGGCUUUAUACUGUUAAAAAACUUAUUUCGGUGUCAAAGUUCAAACCGUCUGCAAGACGCACACAUUUUAAAAGUCAACCUUCCUGAUGAUUUUGUUUUUCAUGAAAAGACCGAAAUUUGUGUUGCAAGUUGGUGCACAGAUGCUAAAGUAGUUUGAUGAAAUUCUCAGAAAUCUUUAGAGGUGAUGAGCAACUCGUCUGGUUUAUCACUGACAUCUGGAUGCUCAUGAUAGAUUAAAUUUUUAUUGUAAAGAAAAAUGACCAACUACAUUCAAAUUUGGUGACAUAACGAUGGCAUUAUCCGCAAAAAGCAACACAACUGAAACUCAAGGAGCUGUUGUGAAGAACAUAAGUGGCUUCUGUUCUGUGGAAAUGAACUGCUGUAAUAACUCACUGGCCACAACAGCAGGAAAACCUUGAACUGCCAGGUUCGACACCUUUUUUACACCAGACAUCCAACUUCACUGUUUUUGUCGUCGCUUCAAGAAGGUGCUGGAAACAUUCCUCAGAAAUGUUUGACACGGAAGCAUCUCACAGUUGCUGCAAAUUUUGUCGGCUGCAGACUCCAUUUAAAUUUAAUGAGAGUGGGGACUUAGUCAAGUGAGAUGUACUGCGUUCAUUAAGGAUUAGACAAUAAUUGCACAGAUUGAUGGUUUCAGCGUUGCAUUUGGUACUAAAAUGUAGAAAAAUAUCCAACCCAUGAGGAGUAUCCCAAAUUAUUGAUGCAAGACUGGAUGGGAGCAUUUAAAAUGGACGAUUUCUGUGUGUUUUCAGUUGUCAGGCAGCAGGAGUGACGCCCGGUGUGGUCCUCUGCUGCAUUUAUGGUGCAUUCAGUGGUGCAACGAGUUGAUAUUUAAUAUUCACCCACUAAACAUGUCUGCAGGCUCAUAUUGCAUUGGACUGCUGAAAUGUGACUGAUCAGAUUAGUACGUUAAGAAGCAGAUGAUCAGGUCUACCGGAAAACAACAUGCAUCAACAAAAGUCGACAUUCAGCUUUUUAAUGUUUUGCAUCACUCCCACUUGCCGUCAGUUUUCUCUGGAGUGCUGAAUUCAGGAGAAUGUUAAAAAUAGCACCCAUACACUCCCUGAUUUUACCUUCAUUUUUUUAAAAGAAAUUAGUAUCCGUUAGUUUGGUCGGGAUACAUUUCACUGUAUUUUUAGGGGUGAGGGUUGUGUAUUGUACAAAUACUUGAAAUAGACUGCUUGGUUUGACAAAAAAAAUUUGAAAAAGUAUUUACAACAAAGGUCUUAUGUAGUUUAUCAAAAUAGCUGGAGUUAAGCAAACACAUGUUUGUGUUUUAGGGACUGUUGUGUCAUUUUCAUGUGAGAUUAGAUGGUUAAGAUUUGACUAUACAGAUUAAAUGAGAUAAAAAUCCUUUGAGUUAUUGUUUGUUUUUGGUCUUUUCAUGAUAUUCACUGACAAUUAGAAAAAUAAAAUCAUCAGGCUCAGUACUGGUCCAUCAUGAUGAACCACAAAAGAAAAUACUUUUUUUGUUGUUUUUUGAGAAUGUUUGGAUAUUUAUUUCCUGGAUGUGAGAGUUGAUGUGUGGGAUUACACUGCUGAGCAACUGGAGUCAGUUUCAAUACAAUGCUAAUUUUUACAGGUGGAUCAAAAAAAAAGUAUCAAUCAAGUUAAUUCAAAUUUUGAAACAUUGAUAUAUUUUACAUUUAUUGAAAUAUUUCAAGAUUUUUUUUUGUCUUAUUCAUAUAAUCUUUAAUGUUAACAAACUCUGUACUGAGAUGCUCAUGUAGUCGGGUUGUUUUUGUAGUACAGGGUUUUGUCAGCAAUAAAUCCUCACACUCCACGUUUACAAAAAGUUAAA